GUCAACUUCUGCGAGACGUGGUAGGCCGCAAUGUCCGAUCCCUGCUAACAUCCUCGGCUAGCGCUGGUCUCUUGAUACUGGGCCGCAUCGCUUCGAACAGUGACUAGGGGCUAGUGAAUGCGACAACAGGCUCCUGUACCGACUGAACCGAGCCUCUCUUUGGCCAGUGUUGUAGACGCCACCCGCUUGAGCUCAUUACGGUCCGAGCACUAUUGCCAGAGACUUGCCUGCAUGCAGUUGGCUUGACUUGCCCUAAACCUUUCUCUCCGACGCCAAUACGCUACUGCUCGCUUCUUUUCACGGGGCAAUUCCCGGGGGGGCAAAAAACAAGGGGGAAGGAAAUAAAGUAAAGUAAGAUAAAACCAAUCAAACCAAAGAGGGAAAUGGUUGAUUCCCCAGGAGACAAUGGUCCAAUUCGAUGAAGCAGGGAAGUUGUGUGAUCCACCCCCAGGUGAGUGACUGGUGAUCCCCACGUACGGAAGGAGGGAGUCCCGUCUGUGAUAUAUAAAACCAAUGCAUCUCCUCCCCUCUCAUAAUAUUCGCCCGUCGCUCUUCCUUGUGUUUCAUCCUCACGUUCGUUAUCUUGUCUUUUUUUUCUUAACAACCCCGUUCAUCUGGCCGUUCGUCACGAGCAACAGUCCCCACGAUGGCGGGCAGCAAUAGCGAUGUCGGGGUCGUCGAGGCACCUGUCACUUUCAAGGCCUACUUGAUGUGUGCAUUUGCCGCCUUCGGUGGUAUUUUUUUCGGGUAUGAUUCGGGUUAUAUCAACGGUGUCAUGGCUAUGAAAUAUUUCAUCCAGGAGUUUGAGGGCCUGGAUCCUGCAACUACGCCGGAGGAUCAUUUUGUCGUCCCCUCUUGGAAAAAGUCCUUGAUCACCUCCAUCCUGUCCGCCGGAACGUUCUUUGGUGCCAUCAUCGCCGGUGAUUUGGCGGACUGGAUCGGUCGCCGCACCACGAUCAUCGCGGGUUGUGGUGUCUUCAUCGUCGGUGUUAUCCUGCAGACGGCCUCAACAAGCAUGCCCCUGCUGGUGGUCGGUCGUUUGAUUGCCGGUUUCGGUGUCGGUUUCGUCUCGGCCAUCAUCAUUCUCUACAUGUCCGAGAUCGCCCCCCGCAAGGUCCGUGGCGCCAUCGUGUCGGGCUAUCAGUUCUGCGUCACCAUCGGCAUGAUGUUGGCGUCGUGUGUCGACUACGCCACUCAGGAACGCAUGGAUUCGGGCUCCUACCGCAUUCCCAUCGCCAUCCAGAUGCUCUGGGCCUUACUCCUGGCCCUCGGACUUUUCUUCCUCCCCGAGUCGCCUCGAUUCUACGUCAAGAAAGGCAAGCUCGACAAGGCCGCCGACGUGCUGGCCCGCGUGCGUGGCCAGCCCCGCGAUUCGGACUACAUCGUCAAGGAGCUCGCUGAGAUCGUCGCCAACCACGAGUACGAGAUGCAGGCGAUCCCCCAGCACGGCUACUUCGACAGCUGGUUCAACUGCUUCCGCGGGGACAUCUUCAAGCCCAACAGCAAUCUCCGUCGCACGGUUCUUGGCACGUCGUUGCAGAUGAUGCAGCAGUGGACUGGUGUCAACUUUGUGUUCUACUUCGGAACCACCUUUUUCACUUCGCUUCGCACAAUUGACGACCCCUUCCUGAUCAGCAUGAUCACGACCAUCGUCAACGUGCUUUCAACUCCCAUCUCCUUCUACACCAUGGAGCGCUACGGUCGUCGCCCGCUACUUCUGUGGGGUGCCUUGGGCAUGGUGGUCUGCCAGUUCAUUGUCGCCAUCACCGGUACCGUGGACGGAUCCAACAAGGCCGCCGUCAGCGCUGAGAUCUCCUUCAUCUGUAUCUACAUCUUUUUCUUCGCUUCAACCUGGGGUCCUGGUGCUUGGGUUGUUAUCGGAGAGAUCUUCCCUCUGCCUAUUCGUUCGCGUGGUGUCGCUUUGUCGACCGCUUCUAACUGGCUGUGGAAUUGCAUCAUCGCCGUCAUCACCCCCUACAUGGUCGACAGCGACAAGGGUGACCUCAAAGCCAAGGUGUUCUUCAUUUGGGGCUCCCUCUGCGCCUGCGCCUUUGUCUACACGUACUUCCUCAUCCCUGAAACCAAGGGUCUCACCCUGGAACAAGUCGACCAGAUGAUGGAGGAGACCACCCCGCGCACCUCCGCUAAAUGGAAGCCCCAUGGCACCUUUGCUGCUGAGAUGGGUCUCACCGAUACAGCUCUCACCGAAAAAGCUGGUAUUGUUGUGGAGCACGAGAAGGUUUAGGUGGGGUAGGGCACUGUGUGGGUAUGACGGUGGCAUGUGGCACGUUAGGUUACGUUUAUGUUUAAUACUUUGAAUGGGUGGGAUUGGGGCCGAUUUUUGACGCGUCUAAGAUCGGGAUAGGAUAUUGCUUGCUUGUCAUUUGUCUCUCGUUUUAUGAGAAUUGAUAUUUGGUAUGGCUGUACUUCUUGACAUCUUGAUUCUCGUAAUCGAUUGACUGCGUUGAUGUGAAUAGGGCUUGACGCAUACAUGCAUGAAAAUUGAGGUCCACAAGUGUAUA